CAACCAAAUUUUCAGUACGAACCGGCCGGAAAGAAGCUAGGAUGGAUCUGCGGGUUGUUCCGACGUCGUCGUUCACGCCCAGCGCCGGCGGCUCGCUGCGCGCGUGGUCGGCGCGCGCCGGCAUCGGCCGCGAGGUGGACGGCCUUGGUGCGGUUCUUGACGAGACCAAGCUGGUGCUCGCCGCGGCGCGCGCGAAGAAGGAACUGCAGAACAAGGCGCUGGAGGUGUUCCUCAGGGAGCUCGACUACGAGGUGUUCCACGCGGACAGCAUGCUCGACGACCUGGAGUACUGCCGCAUCCGGACCGAGGUGGUGGAAGCGCUCGAGGAUGGCGAGGCCUCGGCGGAUGAAGAAUGUUCUGACGGCAGCAAUUGUGAUGUAUUUCAGCAGAACAGCUCUAGUGCUGAGUCUGCUGACCCAUCAGCCUCAGAUUCGUCAAAAUUUCAGCUCGUAGUGUACGAUGAAAAUGCAAAAUCUUUGGUGCCUCGGGUGGAACUAGAUAAGGAUGACAUCCUACGUAGGAUAUGGCAUCAUGUAAAUCAACUCAGUAAGAUGCAACAUGACGCACGCAAAGCUCUCAAACUUGAGGAACUUGACUUGCUUGCUCUCAGAAUGAAUCCUGCAGACAUGGACUUGAGGGAGACAACUCCUCUCGUCACUGAACCUAGAAUCUAUGGCAGAGAUAAAGAGAGGGACCAAAUAGCUGACAAACUGAUGAGUACUGAAACAAGGCAGGAAGAUUUGUCGGUCUUCGCAGUUGUUGGUAAUGGUGGUGUUGGCAAGACCGCAUUGGCUCGUCUUCUAUAUAACGAUGCGAUCAUCACUAAGCAUUUUCAGCUAAGGGUGUGGAUCUACGUCUCUGUUAAUUUUGAUGAAAUUAAGCUCACCCAUGAUUUGUUAGAAUGCUUAUAUGAUGACCGGUUUGAGAGAAUUGAGGACAUGAAUAAACUCCAACAGUUUGUUGAGGAUGCUGUGAAGUCCAAAAGGUUACUGCUUGUUAUGGAUGAUAUCUGGGAAGACCAUAAUACAAGCCGAUGGGACACAUUCCUAGCACCACUUCGACGGACUCAAGUAACGGGGAAUAAGGUUUUGGUGACAACAAGAAAAUUAUCUGUAGCCAAAAUGACAGGUGCCAAGGAUUCUAUUAAGCUCGAUGGUUUACUGGAAGCUGAUUUUUGGUCUUUAUUCAAAGAAUGUGCAUUUGGGAAUGGGACGCAGAUGCCAAAGCUUGUACAUAUUGGGCGCCAAAUAGCAAAAAAAUUGAAGGGGUAUCCUUUAGCAGCUAAAACUGUUGGCACACUACUGAGAAGAAAACUUGAUACUGAGCAUUGGGUGAGAGUUCUUGACAGCGAUGAAUGGAAACAUCAACAGGGCAGCGAGGACAUCAUACCGGCCUUGAGGAUUAGCUACAACCAUCUGCCGUUCCCUCUUCAACGUUGCUUCUCUUAUUGCGCAUUGUUCCCUAAAAAUCACCACUUCAACACUGAGCAGUUGGUCAACGUAUGGAUCGCGCAAGGUUUUGUUUGCUCCAAAGAAGGCAAAAUAAUAGAAGAUGUUGGGAAUGAGUACUUCAAUGAGCUGGUGCAGUGUGGCUUUAUUCAAUAUGAAGCACCAAGACUAUCUUAUAUCAUGCAUGAUCUGAUUCAUGAUCUAGCACAGAUGAUUUCAUCUGAUGAAUGUUUAACUAUAGAUGCCCCAGGAUGCAGCACAAAAUCAAAGCUAAUUCGCCAUAUCAGUGUAAUUACAGAAUCCAUGUAUCGUCCAAAAGGAGAUGGUAGUAUGAUACCCAACGAAUAUUUCGAACAGGAGUUUGUUAACUCUAUCGACACAGUCCAGUCAAAGAACCUGGGCACAAUUAUGCUGAUUGGUCGAUAUGACUCAAGCUUUUCUGAAGUAUUCCGAGAGAAAUUCCAUGAGUUCAAAGCCGUUCGUGUGCUGAAACUGGAAAUGAUGUUUGACAGUUUGGGAUCUUUGAUAUGUGACAUUGCAGCAUUUACCCAUCUCCGUUAUUUGGAGCUGCGUGCUGCUUAUUCAUAUUCGAGUUUGCAGUUGCCAGAGGCUAUAUCUAGUUUGUACCGUCUAGAGGUCCUUGAUAUAAGACAUAAUUGGGGGAUUCAUACAGAAUUACCUAGAGGGUUGAACAACAUUGUGAAUUUGCGUCACUUUCUUGCCAUUGAGAAGUUACACGAACAAAUUGUUGGUGUUGGGAAACUGAAAUUUCUUCAAGAGCUCAAGGCAUUCAAAGUUAAGAAGAAGAAAGGAUUUGAUAUAGGUCAGUUAGGCAAUCUGAUGGAGCUUAGAGGAUCCCUAAAAAUAUCUGGAAUUGAAAAUGUCAAGAGCACAGAAGAGGCUGCCAUGGCUAAACUCAAAGACAAAGUAUACUUGAGAAGUUUACAUUUGUCAUGGGACAAAAAGCAAAGAGAUAGUGCUGCUCACACACUUGCGCUUGAAGGAUUUCAACCAUAUGCAAGCCUAGAAAGCCUCCGAGUUGAUGGACAUAGAGGUUAUGUUUCCACAUGGUUAGCCACCAAUUUUUCACUUACAAGGUUGCGAUCUCUUUACUUGGAGAGUUGCCAGAACUGGAGAGCCAUUCCACCCAUCGAGAAGUUGCCAUUCCUUAAAGAGUUACACUUGGUUCGCAUGUUUAGAAUCAGAGAACUAAUUGUUGGUCCUCUGGAGGUGUUAGAGCUACGAGAGAUGAAUGGACUAACAAAGUGCACUGUUUUAGAUGAGGAAUACUCAUCCAAAAGCAUACGAGUUCUCGAAAUUGUGUCAUGUUAUCAGUUGGAAAAGGUACCGUUUCUGCAGAGCUUCAGCGACAUCGAGCAUGAGCAACAAUUGCUGAAUCUCCAGCGGGUCCAGAUUCACGAGUGUCCAAAAUCUGCAGAUUUGCCAUCAUUUCCGGUUAACAAAAUAUUAACUGACAUAGACAUUGCAGAUGCAGGCUCGACUCGAUCGAUGUCAUUCCGUUUAAAGCAUGUAGUUGGAUCGGAUGGACUAUCCAUAACAAUUAAAGGGGGCCCCUACCUAAGCAACCUGGAUGAGAAAAUUUUGGCAUUCCAUAAUAUUACUACUUUAGAAGAAAUGGAAAUCAUUGACUCUCGAGAUCUUACAUACCUGGCAUGGAAUAAAUUGCGGCAGUUGACAUUCUUAAAAAGGUUUGCAGUCUCAUCUUGUCCAAAGGUAUUCUGUUCAUUGCCAACUGGAUAUAGCCUGCCACCUUCACUUCAAGAUCUCAGGUUAUCGAUGUGCGAUGUUACAGGAAAUCAACUGACUCAGUUGCUAAUAAAUCUUCCCAAUUUGUCAAACUUGGAGAUAGCAUAUUGUCGUAAGGUAACAUCGUUGGCUGUAGGCUUCUUAUCCAGUGGAAUCGAUUUAAUGACAGAAGGCUUAUGUCAUAUCCCAUCUCACUGUUUGACGAACAUCCAACACUUGCACAUCUCUUCUGACAUGGCUUUUUUGAGCAACAAGGGCCUAGGAGAUUUCAUCUGUCUCAGAGACUUAAUUAUAAGGGGUUGUGCCAUUCUUCUUACCUCAAUGGUUCAACGAGCUGGAACGCAUUCAAUUCUUCCAUCUUCACUGCACAAAUUACAUAUUGAUGCCUUACCAGAUACUGUAUUCCAGCACUCAAACCUAACCUCUCUUGUCCAACUAGACGUGGAGCAUAGUCCUAGUUUGACAACACUAGAUCUGCAUUCAUUCAAAAACUUGCGUAACUUGGUAAUCAAGGAAUGCAACUUGUUAACUUCAUGUGAAGGUUUGCAGAACCUCAUAUUUCUCAGCAAAAUGGUUGUAAAGGACUGCCCUAGCAUGGUAUCUUUGCCUCUACACUCAUGCCAGGCAUUACAACACUUGCAUGUCGAAGAUUGUAAUGCAUUAUGUACUCUCGAGAGCUUAGUUUGCCUUCCUUUACUUUCUGAGUUGCAUCUACUCAAGAAUCACAAUUUGGUGUCUUUCAAAUUGCAUCCCCAUGCUGCACUGCAGAGUUUGAAAAUUCAAGAGUCUCCUGCAUUGUCUUCAUGGGGGGAUUUGAAGUCCCUUGCACAUCUCAAUCACUUGGAGAUACGAAAAGCUCCUGGAUUUGUGUCCAUGUGGAAUCGUGCGGCACAAGACGCUGACAUAGCAGGCCAAGAGUUCUUCUUCCCCCUUAAAACACUUCAAAUUGAUGACAUCGGUUUCCUGACAACAGCAGUAUGUAGGCUCAUACCUUCCCUCAGCAAGCUAAGCAUCGGUUUUUAUCGGGAUUCUAGGGAUGUGGACUACCAAGUAAGUGAAUUCACUGAAGAACAGCAAGGUGCACUUAAGCUUCUGAAACGACUUGAGUGUCUCGAGUUCUUGUCCUUGAUGAAUCUCCAGAUGCUGCCAUCGGAAAUACGUUCUCUUCCCUCACUGCAGCAUUUGAUUAUAUGGCAGUGUGGGAAGAUCAAGUCGUUGCCGCAGAAAGGUCUUCCAGCUUCACUAAAGCUUCUUGAUGUUGAUUGGUGUAGCUCUGAACUGUAUGAUCAAUGCAGAGAUGUAAAAGGCCUCCAAUGGCUGUACAUCCGCGGACGUGAACAAAAUCAGGGCUAGUUUAUCUUGAUACUUGGGUAAUGUUACGCUAUGCUUAUUUUAUUACGUCUGCCUUGUUUUAUUUACAUGUGAGUUCUGUAAGUCUAGUUUAUCUCGUUGAUAUUUGGCUAAAGGUAUGCUAUGCUUAUUU